CCAAAAGGGGAAGCAAAUUAUUGUUGGUUGGUUGGCUUCUCCUUCAGCCCAUUUCAGAGAAAGACCACAAAAUCAGAGUAGAAUGCCAAUGGAAGAAGAUGAAGAAUUGGCCAUGGAGAUCCACGCCUUGAAAAGGGAAUUGGAAAUUUCACUGCAAAAAUCUAUUUUUCUCGAGAAAGAAAAUCAAGAACUCAAACAAGAAUUGGCUCGAUUCAAAUCUCACAUUCACUCUCUGAAAGCUCAUAAUAAUGACAGAAAAUCCAUUCUUUGGAAGAAAUUUCACAAUUCCAUGGAUGUCGCCGGAAAUGACUCCACGCCGCAGAGUCCACCGGCGACUGACAAAUGGGAGACUACCAGAACACAGAAACAGAGUAAUUGGGCUGUUGUGAAAGAGAACCAGAGAAUGGCGGCGGCGGCACCGACCCCGGCUCCUCCACCGCCGCCGCCACUUCCGACGAAGCUUCUCGGGGGAUCUAAGGCAGUGCGGCGAGUCCCGGAAGUGUUGGAGCUGUACCGUUUAGUGACGAAAAGGGAUGCCCAGAAGGAAAAUAAGGCCGCAAACGGAGGAUUUCCGGCGGUGGCGUUCACCAAAAACAUGAUCGGCGAAAUCGAAAACCGAUCAGCCUAUCUCUCAGCGAUAAAAUCGGAGGUGGAGACACAUGGGGAGUUUGUGAACCGGCUGAUCAGAGAAGUGGAAGCGGCAGCGCCAAGAGACAUAGCGGAGGUGGAGAGGUUCGUGAAGUGGCUAGACGGGGAGCUGGCAUCGCUCGUGGACGAGAGGGCGGUGCUCAAGCACUUCCCACGGUGGCCGGAGGGGAAGGCAGACGCACUGCGGGAGGCGGCAUUCAGCUACAAGGAUCUGAAGAGCUUGGAAGGUGAAGUGUGUUCGUUUAGAGAGAAUCCAAAGGAGGAGACGAAUGCAAUGUUGAAGAGGGCUCAGGCCUUGCAAGACAGGUUGGAGCAGAGCGUGAGCAAUGUGGAGAGGACGAGGGAGUUCAACUGUAAGAAGUACAACAAGUUUCAAAUCCCUUGCCAAUGGAUGCUGGACUCUGGCUUGCCAGCCCAGAUGAAGCUGAGCUCAUUGAGGCUAGUGAAGGAAUGCAUGCGGAGGAUAACAAAAGAGAAACAAUUGAACGAAACCCCACAAACAGAAAACCUUUUUCUUCAAGGGGUUCGCUUUGCUUACAGGGUGCACCAGUAUGCAGGAGGUUUUGAUUCGGAAGCUAUAGUGGCUUUUGAAGGAAUGAAGCAAGUUGGGCUGCAGCUUAAUCAAAGAAAAUAGGGUUCUUUGGUGAUAAGUUAUAGUUAACAGCACUUGUAAGAAUCAACAUUGCAGCAGACCACAUUCAGAAAAGGGAUGUAAUAUGAAUGAUUGAAUGGGAAGUUCUAUACACAAUCAAUCCUAUGCUUAUUGCAACUUAUUCACGUCUACCUUCCGGAAUGGUUAGUUUUGAUCAAAAUGCAUUGCAAUGCAAUAAUGAAUCUAUAAGGAAUGUAAUCGAAUCUAGAAGUCCUGGAAACUUUUUUAUCAGCUACAUAAUUCAUUCACCAAUAAUUCCAAAUUGAAACACCUUCAGAAGUUUGGCAACGGCUCAUGUUUAAAGAGAAUAGACACAGAUAAUAUAUAUCAAAGAAUCCUAAUCCAGCAGCCAAAAGCUAAAUAAUAAACCAAUUGUCGCAGAAAAUAACGACUGAUGCUUUGACAGAACCAUCGGAAGAACACAAGAAAGCUUAUAAAACUCGAUUGAUAGAAACUAUAAAGCUGGAAAUCCAGUUCUCGAUUAAAACAACUAAAUGUAUCGAUCACAUAGCAAUUAA